GCCGUCUGCCUAUGUGGCUCUUCGGGUCCACUCGUCAGGUGCCAAGGCAGACGGCUUUUUGCAAAUAACCCCUGCCUCCUUCUGCUUCCUUCUGUCUUCUCCCCCGCGAGCCCCCCGCCGGGAUCCAUCCUCUGGCCGGCCGUGCCCUGGCAGCAAGCCGCCGGAGAUGGGCUCCGACGAGCGGCGAGCCACGGCAGCGCCUCGCUGGGAUAGCACUCCAGGCAUCGAGGAGUCAACUUCGAAAUCCCGCACGCCCCCGGAGCUCCCGGCGUCGCGCUCGCCUCCGACCGCCGCGACCUCGCCGUCGCUGGACGCCUCCCGCGACGGAUCGACUUUGGCGCUGCUGCCAAUCAUCUCCUCGUGCCGGCGCGCACCCUUAGGACCUCUCGGCGCGCCUCGCCGUGCCUUCGGGCGCUGGAUCGGCCGUCGUCUUCCUCGACUCCGGCCGCUUCGGGCGGAGCGCGGAGGCACGCGGGGAGCGGCGGCGGAGGCCCGCGCGGCGGAACGCGGAGGCGCGCAGCAGAGGGUAGGCACGUGGCAGCGCGGAGGGGCGAGGGAAGCAGCGCGGCGGCCCGCAGGGCGGAGGGGCGGCGUCAGCUGAGGCCCGUGCGCGGAGCAGCGGGAGCGGCGCGCGCGCAGCACGCGGCAGCGCGGAGGGGGAGGGCAGCAGCAGCAGCAGCCCAUGGAGUGCAGCGGAGGUGCAGAGGCAGCAGUGCGGCGGCCCGCAGGGUGGAGCGGCGCCACGCGCACGCCCUGCUCCUCCUCCUGCUCCUUCCAUGCCUAAUCCUUCUUCUUCUUCCUAGUCUACUUGGUUCCAAUUUCUUGUGGAAUUUUGCCAUUUCUUGCUUGUUCGCCGGCGGCUUCUUUUUUACUGCGCCAGGUGCUCUGCCGUUCUUGAGGAGGUCCACGACAUACCUGGCCCGCUUAUUAGCUGAUGGCCUCGUCAUGGCGGUGCGGUUGGGGGUAGCAAGCAAGGAAGAUGACGGCGGCGAAGGAUGGAUCCCAACAGUGGCGGUUUCUUCGUCGUCGCUCUCGUUGCCGUCGGGUCGUCUCUGAGGAGUCAGGAGAGCAGAGAAAGAGAGGUGGGGGUGACGGGGGAAAGAAGAGGAGAAUGGAGGGGCUUAUUUGCAAAAGGCCGUUCGCCUGGCACCUGACGAGUGGGCCCGAAGAGCCACGUAGGCAUGCGGCACGCACCAAAGCCAGUAUAGAAACUUUUAGAAUUAAAAUGUGCAGUUUCAAAGUAGUAGGACUAACUUGAAACAUUUGUGUAAGAAUUAGGAUAUCUUAUGUAUUUUACUAAAAAAAAUAAUGUGUAUAUUUGGUAUUACAGAUGUUGAUAGUUUGUUUUACGAUUUGAGUCAAAAUUUAAGUAAAAAUUGAUCCAAAAUUGGUUUAGUAUGCAGAGUAAAUUUUUGGUACGGAGUAUCUUCUUCUGUUUAAAACAAUAAAUAUAAAACACUGUUUUCUCAAACAACUUGAAACACGGGCUGAUCCAGCUUCUUUUUUAGCGGAUCCAGUUGACCGCGGUCUCCAAACGUGCGAAAGCCCAAAUCUCGUUUGGGCCUAAAGUUUAAACCGCCAAAAAACCCUACUCUGCUGCUCCGCUCCCAGUCCUCCUCCAUGGCCGCCGGCGACCGCCACCGCCUGCUGCUCGGCUCCUACCUCGGCGACGUCUCCGCGCUCUCAUUCCUCCCCUCCUCCCCGCGCCCUCUCCUCCUCGCCGGCACCGGCUCGGAGCUGCUCGUCUACGACGUGGACACCGCCAGCCUCGUCGCCUCCUUCCAUAUUUUCGACGGCGUGCGCGUCCACGGCAUCCAGCCCCGCGGAACCCCCGGUUGCUCCCACGGUUCGUCCCCCGCCGACGGGCUCGCCGUCGCCGUGUUCGGCGAGAGGAGGGUCAAGCUUCUCAGGCUCCGACUCGGCGCGGAUGUCGAUGGAUACGACGGGAGCGGGGUGCGGUUGGAGCUUGAACGGAGGCUCCCUCGGUUUGAUCACUGGGUGCUCGACGUUUGCUUCCUGGAGGUGGAUGGGCUGCUUGCGAUCGGCUUGAGUGACAAUUCAGUGGCAUUGUGGGAUUUGACCGAGCACAUGGUUGUUACCCGAGUGAAUUCUCCAGAGAAGUGCCUUCUGUAUUCAAUGAGAAUGUGGGGGGACUCUGUUAAAUCCCUCCUCGUGGCAUCUGGAACUAUUUUAAAUGAGAUCCUUAUAUGGAAAUUGGUACCCCAAACCUCGACGUCCUCCUUGUUAUGCUCAUUCGAUGUGGAUGCUCCUGGUGCGGAGAACCAUGAAAAUGUACAGUUUAGUGAUAAGCAAUACAUGGCAGUUCAUCUUGGAAGGCAACAUGAAGGUUCAAUAUUUCGAAUAGCCUGGUCCUCUGAUGGAUCGAAGUUCAUGUCUGUCUCUGAUGACCGGAGUGCUCGCAUUUGGAUGCUAAGUUAUCGGCCACAUAAUUUUGUCAAUCAAGCAGCCGAACUUGAUGUUGUUGACAUUAUACCAAAACUGACAUUUUUUGGGCACAGUGGUCGAAUUUGGGAUUGUUACUUAUCAGAUUCCAUAGUUAUAACUGUUGGUGAGGAUUGCACUUGCUGCCUUUGGGGCAUGGACGGAAAGCUACUCAAGAUGUUCAAAGAACACAUUGGCCGUGGAAUAUGGCGAUGUUUAUAUGAUCCAAGCUCACUAGUUCUGAUCACUGCUGGGUUUGAUUCAGCAAUCAAAGUGCACCACCUGUGUAACUCCUCUUUUCAUGACACAGUGGAAGCAGAAGUGGUCCCAGAUGGUCUCAAAUACGAUUCUGAGGUAUUUGAAAUACCAUCUCCUAUAGUGCCAGGACAGUAUGGUCCCUUGGAUAGCAAAAGCGAAUAUGUUCGAUGCUUACACUUUGCACAAGAAAAUGUUCUCUAUGUUGCCACAAACAAUGGAUACCUGCAUCAUGCUGAGCUCUCUGAUGCAGAAAAUGUAAGAUGGACUGAGGUUAUCCAGGUCUCUGAGAAAGCGCCGAUUAUAUGCAUGGAUGUCAUGACAGUUUACUCGGACUUAUUUGAUAAGGAGGAUAUAGUUGCCCUUGGUGAUGGCCGUGGAAAUGUUACUAUUGUCCGUUUAACCAGUGGCAAUCUUGAGCCUAAAGUAGUAUUAUCUUUCCCCUGGUCAGCUGAAAAGGACAGGCAGCUACUAGGACUAUACUGGUGCAAGUCACUUGAAUGUAGCCGCAUUUUCACAGCUGAUCCUAGAGGCGUGCUUAAGUUAUGGAACAUAAGAAAUGCCCUUUUUGCAAAUAACCAUGCCAUCACUAUAUCUCAGGAGGUUUCACUUGUUGCAUUGUUUGAAUCUCCAUUUGGGGCUCGAAUCAUGUGUUUAGAUGCAUCACCCCAGGAUGAGAUCCUUGUUGCUGGUGAUAAAAAGGGUAACAUCACUGCCUUUCCUUUUCCUAAAAUAUUGGCAGCACAUGACAGAGGUGGGGAACAACAGAAGAUACCUUUAUGUGACCGUUUUAAAGGAGCUCACGGCAUUUCUAGUGUCACAAGUGUUCAUAUAAUUACCUCAACUUCUGGUCAUAUUGAAAUCCACACUACUGGGGGAGAUGGAUGUAUUUGCUUCUUCAAGCAUGGGAGAAAUGCGCAAAAUGUUGAAUUUGUUGGAAUGAGACAAUUGAAAGAAUUAGGCACCAUUCAGUCCAUCUAUGCUAAUCAUGCCCCUGAGAACCAAUUGGUUAUAACCUAUGCAAUAGGUUUUACCUCUGCAGAUUUUAUCAUUUGGGACCUUGAAAAUGAUACAAAGAUGGUUCAAAUAUCAUGCGGAGGAUGGAGACGCCCUUAUUCUCAUUAUCUUGGGAAAGUCCCUGAGUAUCAGAACUGUUUUGCCUUCGUAAAGGACCAUACUAUUCACGUUCACAGGCACUGGGCACUAGCUCAAGAUAAAAAGUUGCUUCCUCAAGUUCUUCAUACGCAGUUCCAUGGAAGAGAAGUGCAUUCUUUGUGCUUCAUAGGUCCAGCAAGCUAUUCGCAUCCUGGGAAGAGCACAGAUUUGUGGAUUGCAACCGGGUGUGAAGAUGGAACCGUGCGGCUUACAGGGUACUCGGCUAGUAGUGCUGGAAGAUGGUUUUCAUCCAAGCUGCUGGGUGAGCAUGUCGGUGGGUCAGCCGUGAGAGCUACAUGCUUCAUCCCGAAGACUUACACAUUAGUAGAUAAAUCAUGUAACUACAGUGUCAGUUCUGGUGACACUUUGGUCGAAGACAAGGACACCACCGUCUUGUUGAUGUCUGUUGGAUCAAAGCAGGUCCUGACGACUUGGAUUCUACAACCUAGGAUUGCAGAGAACAGACAAUUGUGUUCAAGUAGUCUAGAUGAAGACUCCAAGCAAAGCUCAGAAUGCUCAGGGAAUGGUGAUUCAGCUGUUACAUUCCAAUGGCUUUCUACCCACAUGCCACCAAAGCUCACCACCAAUAGGUUGAAAGCUUGUGAUGUAAAGCAAAACUUCCAGGAAGGAAAUUGCUCUGCGCAACCCAAUCUGGCUGUUAUGGAUCAAAUGGAAAAUGAUUGGCGUUAUCUUUCCGUUACAGCAUUCCUUUUGAAACAUCUGAAUACCAAGUUGACAGUAUGUUUUGCUACUGUUGCUUGCUCUGAUGCAACAGUUGUUCUUCGUGCUCUCCUUUUGCCUUCUCGGCUAUGGUUUGAUGUUGCAUUGUUAGUUCCACAGGCAUCACCAGUUCUCGUGUUACAGCAUAUUAUCGUCGCUGGUAGUGCCCACUGUGAAGAUGAUGCUUAUGAGGGAGAUAGAUACAUUAUUGUGAGUGGAUCUACAGAUGGUAACAUUACUUUCUGGGACCUAACAGACACCAUUCACAGCUUUAUGCAACUAGUAUCAGAGACUCAACCACACAUGGUAAUUGAUUGUCAAAAGCGGCCCAAGACAGGAAGAGGGAGUCAAGGUGGUCGUCGACGGUGGCGAUCACUGUCAAACAAUUCUCUGAAGAAGGGAAACAAACAGGCAUUUCCCCCUGGUGGGAACAAUCUGAAUACCUCAUGUGCUGCUGCUGAAAGUUCACAUGAAACUUUUGGAGCGGAAGAAAAUGAGGCCAUAAACACCGAGAACACACUACUUUCAAGUACUCAAUCAUGUGAUAUACCUGAAGUGCAACCAACACGCAUAUUCUCUGGUGUUCACCAGUCAGGCGUUAAUUGCCUCCACGUGUCAGAGAUAGAGUGCCCAUCCUCGACGCCUGGCAUGUCUUACUGCAUCAUAAGUGGUGGUGAUGACCAGGCAGUUCAGUGUUCCGUUUUUAGAUUAGGCUCUCUGCAGGACCGCUCAAUGAACGCGACAAGCCUAAACUCACCUGACAACAAUUCACUUAAAAUACUUUGCCAACAUACAGUUCCGUCAGCUCACAGUUCAGCAGUAAAAGGUAUAUGGACAGACGGCGUCUGGGCUUUCUCUACUGGCCUUGAUCAGAGAAUCAGAUGUUGGAAGAUGGGCCCAUCCGGCAAAUUCACGGAGCAUUCCCACAUCGUCGUCAGCGUGCCAGAGCCAGAGACUCUAGAUGUUUUCCAUGACCGUGGAGGGGGGAAAUACCAUAUCGCGGUCGCCGGAAGAGGAAUGCAGAUGGUUGAAUUCUUGCCGCCGGAAGCCGACACAACGAGGAUAGCAUGCGAAUAGUCUGGAGGUGUGUUGUGGAAAUUCUCGCACAGGAGCUCGUACAUCUGGUUUCCUAUAGAUGAGAUGGUGAUUUGUAGUUCUCUUUUCCUUUUGGCCUGCGAGAAUCCUUUCUGCGAGACAGAGAUGAAUUAGGAGGAUAGAGUCCUGAACCCUGAUUCAUGAUGUAAAAAAAAAAAUCUUGGGGGUGACUGCUUGGCAGCAAAAGCUUUGCACGAAACAGGAGAGAGAGAGAAACCUAAUGCAUAGGCAUCGUGUUUGCCCAACAUCAACAGAUGUUUCAAAUCUUCCAUUCAUUGUGCCUAAA